GAGACAGGGAUUUGCGACUGACGUUGUGCGUUCGCCAAUCGGCAGCGGCUUACCUUUGGGCUCACUCCACGUCGGCAGUGUGGGAAGAUGGAUUCUUUAAUACUGGAACCCUCUCUGUACACUGUGAAAGCUGUACUAAUACUGGAUAACGAUGGCGAGAGGCUGUAUGCAAAGUAUUACGAUGACACGUACCCCUCUGUGAAGGAGCAGAAGGCCUUUGAGAAGAACAUCUUCAACAAGACGCACCGCACUGACAGCGAGAUCGCUCUGCUGGAGGGGCUGACGGUCGUCUACAAGAGCAACAUCGACCUGUACUUCUAUGUCAUCGGCAGCUCGCACGAGAACGAGUUAAUGCUCAUGUCCGUCUUGAACUGCCUGUUCGACUCUCUCAGUCAGAUGCUGAGGAAGAACGUGGAGAAGAGGGCCUUGCUGGAGAACAUGGAGGGGCUGUUUCUGGCCGUGGACGAGAUCGUGGACGGCGGGGUGAUCCUGGAGAGCGACCCCCAGCAGGUGGUUCACCGCGUGGCCUUGAGGGGGGAUGACGUUCCUCUGACAGAACAGACGGUCACCCAGGUGCUUCAGUCUGCCAAAGAACAGAUCAAGUGGUCUCUGCUGCGAUAGGACAGGAGCUGAGAGCCACUUGCUUGCUCCCAGGGGAGAGUACACACAGAAGCGAACGUGUCCUUCCUGUGAUCUCCCCACCCCCCCCCUCCCCUCUUCCAGCUGUGGAUUCCUCUCUCUUUCUCUCUCCAGGGCAGCAGUCUCACACACAAGUCCUCAGUAGUCAGUAGUCGGGCUCGACUGAACAUUUUCUUCUUCAGAAAUAUUCAGUGCUCCCCAUUGAAUGGGAGGCAUUCCGGGUGCCAAACGGGUGCAUGGGAACAGUCUCCCAGGCUUCUUGUCUGUUCCUGGGGGGAGAUUGUGGGCUUAACUAUUGACCAUAUUAUAUAUUAUAUAGCCCCGUGAGACUGCUGCCUCUGAUAACUCUGAACUGGGACCUUAUUUUCUUCUGAUCACUGCACUGAAAGGUCUGAUUGUUCCACCAAUCAGCAUAGUUUUUUUUCAACAAAAAAAAACCUGAGCCGUUCGUUCCUAUUGGCCGAGACGAGGAUGAGAGCGUUUUGUGUGAUGGAGUGAGCGGUCAGAGGCUGGUGUUCCGUCUUGGCUGUGGUUCGCUCUCCCUCUGCCUCUGCCCCUCCCCCCACGGGCUCAUGAAUAUUAAUAGGGCUCAUUAAUAUGCAGAAUCUUCGCAGGGCAGCUCGUCUCCCAUUGGGCCUUGGGCUCCCUCAUGACUGUUCACAUUCCAAGUAGAGGAUUGUUGUGUACACUGUUGUUUCCUCUAUAACCUCAUCACUCCGCUCACAGUUGUCAGAGAGGCCAACCUUGUAAUAAUUAGCACAAACAAUAGCAGCGAUGCGUCAUUAUUUACAGCAGAGUUCUUCAAUGCUCGAUAGUCGCUAUGCCUUUCGGUGUGUUUUCCGAGAGCAGGACUUGGGGUUGUGUUGUCAACGGCGGUGUUUACGUGAGAAAGCACUGCUCAGCCUUUUCACCCUUGAGUGCGGCAUGACGUUUCAGCCGCGGAAAGGGAAAGGUUACGUGUUUCCUUUAGGUGGUUCUGGUGGUGGGAGAUGAGCCACGUGAAAGAGGAGCAGGUGGGAACUUGGCGCUGCAGAAGCGAGGGCCGCAGGCCGUGGCUGGGAUCCGGUAUUUCCUGGUUUAGGAGCAGCAAGCUGGGAAGUGUUCUUCGAUAACCCCACCCCAAGCUACAAAGCUGGAGACUGCUUCCCCAUAAUGUGCAUGACUCUUGUGAGACCAGAGACAAACUGUAACCUCCAUUACUUUGAUUUCAUCUUUCUAUUUCCUAACAUGACCGGGGGGUCACAUCCUGUCCACUCCUUUGCAGUACAUUCACAUAACGAGGGCCCCAUUUUGGCCAUGUGGAUCCUACUAUCAGUUUACCAGUUAGGAGCUGGUUGGAGCAGAGUUCAGCUGUGUGGUGGGCUGGAAGGCCUGCUGGUUCAGCGGCUGUGUGUUAGUCACCGUGUAGCACACGGAUUUUGUCUGGCGUUAUGAUCCUGCUGUAUUAAUGGUCUAGGAAUGUGUGUGCCCUGGCUUGGCUGUACUGUGGGUUGCCAUCUGGGGGACGGGCAGUAAGCAGUGACUGCACUGAAAAAACACACUGUACAAUGUAUUGUUCUGAAAUCCGGUUGUGGGAACUGUAUUCCAUGCAGGUUAAAACAUGAAUAAAAUUGCUGAAAUUCUUCCUGA